AUGACAUUAAUUCCACCAACUUCUUCGAAAAGAAUUAAUCUAAACCCUAUUUCUGUGAAUCCCUUUCAACACGCUCCAAACAACGUCACUGAUAAUCCCCCAACCUCAUCUUCUGCUUCAUUAUCUCAAUCUCCAACUGCAUCGUCUCAGCUCCCAGCUGCUUUAUCUGAACACGCUCCAAACAAUGUCACUGAUAAUCCUCCAAAAUCAACUUCUGCUUCAUCUCCGACUGAAUCGUCUCAGCUUCCAGCUGCAUUUUCUGAACAUCAGUCCAGUCUCUCUACAUUUUCGUAUUUAAAUACACACACUUCUACGACAGCAUCAACACAAACUAUUACAUCUACGCUAAUGGACUAUCAGACUAAUAGUUUGCCUGCUCCUCCAGCUCCUGACACUGACACAUCCCAUCUUGCAGCGUCCUUAAAUGACAGAAACUUUACAUCGCCUUUAGAAUCUGGACUGAGAAUUGUUGAUGGUCAAAGAACUAUAUUCAUCUCAAAACUUGAACCCUCAACGAAUGCUCUUGAUGUAAAAAAUUUUAUAAUGUCUAAAACCGGUACGUUGCGAUCAACUACCGUGGAUAAAAUGCUCCAUCGUAACUACUCAAAGUACUCUUCAUUUAAGAUUAAAGUAUCAGAUUCUAUGUUCCAUCUUCUCAACUCAAAAUCUUUUUGGCCAAACGGAAUCAUUGUUCAUGAGUUUCAAAAUAGGAAACAAAUAAAACAUUCUCACCCUUUUCCACAACAUAUGACAAUGCCCUUCCUGAAUCAAAGCAGCUACACCAACUAUUGA